AUGCGACAUAAACAAAAAGAAGUGAAAAAUAACGAGAAACCAGAAGACAAGCAAAGCUAUAAUCUUUUGACCAAGUCUAUUAAAGAUCGGUACAAGAAGAUAAGGAGUCUCAGCGAGAAAAGACUGUUUAAAAGCAUUUUCAAUACUGGCUUUAUUGAAAGAUCUAGAAAGAAGGCAGAAUUGCUUAAAGAAACACUCGGAAUACACAGAGAGUAUCGUAAAAAACCAAAGACUAAUCGUAGCAUACUACAGCUAAGGAAAAAAAUUCACCAAUUUUUCGUACGCGACGAUGUGUCUAGAGCUACAGCUGGCACAACAGCAACAGCAAAAAAAAGGAACAGUGACAAGAAAUGGAAAUAA